AUGCUCCACAUCGUCAUUGAUCUCGUUUGGGAGCGUCCAGUAGAGAUUAUCCGGUUCAGGAACCUCGUGGGAAACCGAUUAUACCUUGCGGAAACCGUGUGGCCUGAUACCUGUAUGCCGCCGCUGCGGCUGAAUUUCUUGGGCCUCGUGUCGGCUACCUUCAUUUUUUAUGCUGAUGCCGAGAGAACUCAAGUGCUUUCCCAGCAGUCGUACAUCCCUAACUGGAGCAUCCAACCUUCAAACCCACUUGACCCCCGUUCUACAGAGAUACCGAUCGCUUCAAUGGCAGAAAUUUUGUCUAUUGUCAGCGCGGCUGCCGGGCUGCUCAGCUUCGCCGUGGCAACACUCCCAAAGCUUGACCAAUUUCGUCGCGACUUCAACGGCACCGAUCUGCGGAAGGAGUGGUACCGAACACAAAUGGAUUCCGUUCACAUGAAGCUCGAAAUAUGGAGAGAACUUUGGUGUAGCCAGACCUACACACUCCAAGACUAUGAGUACUUCUGGGGGACACAGGGCUACGAGAGUAUGAGGACCAAGAUUCGACUAAUCGAAGCCGAGUUGAUUGCCAUUGGAAAACUCUUGGAGCGCAAGGUAGACUGGGCUUUGGAAGUUGAAAUGGAUAUCAAGUGGAGCGAAACGAGAAAUCGCCUGAAGACGAAUGAAGCGACUCAGAUGGUAGAGACCCAUGCCAGUCUUCGAAAGCGAUUCACCUUUGCCCUCUUUCGGGGUGCAGAGCUGGAGGAGAGAAUCAAGAGGCUUCAGGACAAGGUCAAAGAUCUCGAGUCCUUCUCCCAAGAGAGAUUUCACGCUAUUCAACUUUCUCUCCCCCAAGGUGAGACGCUCAAAGACACGACGCUGCAUCGCCUCCUCGCCCGAAGAGAUUGGAUGGAUGAACAGGAAAUAACCCUCAAAUACUUGUACAGCCUGUCCACUGAGCAUGCUGACAUGGGCUGGUCUUUGGUUCUUGCGGUUCCCGGUGAAGAUAUGUCACUAGAUGACGACGCUGGGCUCUGGACCACUUUUGACAUCCAAAGAUGCCCCGGAUCAAGAAGGGACUUGGGUCUUGCGUCCUUCUAUUCUACUGGCCGGAGGGCAGCUUGCUUGUGGUUUCUUGAAGACCUCCGCCGCAGAAGAAGCCCGAGAGACCCUCUGAGGAGAGAUCCAUACCUUAGCAGUCGUUUUGCUGAGCCACGUCGCCGCGACGAUGAGCUGAGAGUUGCACUAUCCGAGGCAGCUAUUGGAAUCGUCAACUGGACCAUGCUUCUCUGGGGCACUCCAUGGACUGACGGCGUCUGCACCUGCGGGUUGCGAUUUGUUACGGCGACACUAUCUAAUGGCUCAACACAAAUGGCUGUCACCUUUCAACGCAGGAUGCGUUGUGACAAGGACCAGUUCGGGCAUACGGGGACCAUCAGAGCUCGCAAGGCGCUGUUACUUGGUAUUUCCCUGGCUGAAUUUGCCCUGACACAACCCAUCAAAGUCAAGAUGGGGGAGAACGGAGAGCCUCUGUUCUGCACCGGGGGCAACUGGGGUCCGGAGAAGGAUCUUCUCGACGAUGUAGCGGCACGAGCCGGUCGCCCGUACCGCGAGGCUGUCUGGUACUGUUUUAAGUAUGACCGAGACCUAAUAAAUAAUCGCGAUUUCCGGCCUCAUCACUUUCUCUUGUUCCAAGAGCACGUUGUCAAGCAGCUGGACAAACAUCUAAAGGGUGUAUAUAAGCGGAUGUCUCUGAUGGGCCGCAGACAGCCAUGA